CAACCAUGCAUUUAAUGCAUACGAGUUCUUUCCUCUAUAAUUUGAGGUUUCAGCAACGCAAAUAAUCACACAACAACAACACAUCCUCACUCAUAAUAGAUAGAAAGUUGAGAGAAAAAUAUAGAUAGAAAGAAAAAAAAAAAAACAUGAAUUGGUGGUUGGCUAGAGCAACUGGAACAGAAAAGAUCACAAAAUGCGAGGAAGAAGCAACACAGAGUUUCGUAGCAUUAAUUAUAGGUGUGACAGGAAUUGUUGGCAAUGGCUUAGCGGAAACUCUAUCACUACGUGACACACCGGGUGGUCCGUGGAAGGUUUACGGCGUUGCUCGCCGUCCGCAACCAUCAUGGAACAUGGAUAACCCUAUCCACUACAUCCAAUGUGAUGUCUCUAAUCAAAAUGACGUAGAAUUAAAACUUUCUCCGUUGUAUGACGUGACCCACAUCUUUUAUGUCUCAUGGGCAAACAUGCCCACAGAGACACAAAAUCGCGAGGUCAACAGUGCUAUGUUAAGGAACGUCCUCCGUACCCUCAUCCGAAACGCUCCAAAUCUGCAACAUGUGUCCCUACAAACAGGUACCAAGCACUACGUCGGGUCCUUCGCAGAUUUUGGUAAGAUCAAGGCCAUUGAAUCACCCUUCACGGAGGAUUCUCCACGCUUGGAUGCACAAGUUUUCUAUUACCAGCAGGAGGAUAUCUUGUUAGAAGAGGUUGGCAAGAAAAAAGGAAUGACAUGGUUUGUUACUCGACCACAUGUUAUCUUUGGAUUUUCACCUUACAGCAUGAUGAACUUAAUCGGUACACUUUGUGUUUAUGCCGCUAUUUGCAAACACGAGGGUCUUCCUUUGAAGUUUCCCGGAUCAAAAGCUACAUGGGAGUGUUAUUCGCCGGCUUCAGAUUCAAAUUUAAUAGUUGAUCAACACAUUUGGGGUGCAGUGAACCCUACAGUGAAGAACCAAGCCUUCAAUUGUAGCAAUGGUGAUGUUUACAAGUGGAAGCAUUUGUGGAAGGUGUUGGCUGAUAAGUUUGGGAUUGAGGAUUAUGAGUUUGACGAAGAGGGUCCAGAGUUGAGGUUAACAGAGAUGAUGAAGGAUAAAGGUGGUGUGUGGGAAGAGAUUGUGAAGGAGAAUGACUUAUUGCACACUAAGCUUGAAGAGGUUGGGGAUUGGUGGUUUGCAGAUUUUAUGUUGAGAGUUGAGGGUGUGUUGGAUAGUAUGAACAAGGCAAAAGAACAUGGAUUCUUAGGAUUUAGGAAUUCUAAGAAUUCAUUCAUAAAUUGGAUAGACAAGACUAAAGCUUACAAGAUUGUCCCAUGAUGAUUUGGACUUUGGAUUGUAGUAAAAUAAAGUCCCAUCAUGAGGUGGGAAGAGUUAUAUUUUCUUUCCUUUUUUUCAGUCAAGUAGCUUAGUAGCUAGAAAAUUCAAUAAGUGAAGUGUCUCGGGUUCGAACCCGGACUCCUACACAUAUAGUGCGAUGUUCCUACCAACUGAGUUAAGCUCAUGGGGACGAAGAGUUAUAUUUUCUAUUAUGGUGUUUGUAAUAUUAAUGUUGUGUGUGUAGAAAAAAGUUUAAGAUGAAUAAUGUUUGUGGUUAAUGAAGACUUGAGUAA